AUGAUGUACUCCAGCUGCCCCCCGCCAAAGAGCCGCAUCCCCCGGCCACUCAAGCGACCGGAACUCCCACCACCCACUGACCCGACCGACAUCAGCCGCCUGUGGCGUCGCGUCAUGGCCGGCGAGCGCAAAGCGCCCGUCACUCGUGUGCCGAGGCUCACUCGCGCCGCCAGGAGCGCCGACAGGGGCAGGGCUACCGGCAGAGGUGCCAUCGAUAGCGGUAUCGGCAGCAGCGCACGCACCCGACCGCCGUCGCAUCUGCCCAUCAGGCCUUCGGACAGCGGUCUCGGCAGCAGCGGCGAACCUUCUGACGUAGGCUCUUCCAUCUCUCGAGCCUCCCGCACCGCCGACGCGCGAUUCGACGCCGAGGUGCUUACGCCGCGGGGCAUCGCCAUCGACCAGCACGCGGGCGACAUCUUCGAGCCGUGGUCUCACUUCGACACAUUUGAGCCGCCGACCGAUGGCCUAUCUCACUUUUACCGCAGCCUGCCCGGGCUAGAGAAUACAACCGUCUAG